AUGGCGGCUGGUCAUAAUAUUCCAGAGCUUGGAGGCUAUGAUUUUGAGUUUACGAGAGUAGUUCCGGAUGAUUUUGAAUGCCCUGUGUGUCAGUUAACAAUGAAAGAUCCCAUACAGAUUGGAGGAUGUGGCCAUAGACUUUGUAACAUAUGCUUAGAGAGCUUGUUGAGGAGCCAUUCUCCAAAAUGUCCAGUUGACAGACAGCCUCUUUCACGUGACAAGAUAUUUCCAGAUGUCGCUUGUCAUCGCAGAAUUCUGGAUCUCGAAGUGAAAUGUUCUUAUGUUGGGUGUCCUUGGACUGGAGAACUCCGAGCUGUGCAGAAACAUCAGUCAGAAUGCCUGUUCAAUGCAGUGGAGUGUCCAAAUGAAGGAUGUAAAGAGAAGCUCACCAUGCGAGAUAUGAACAAUCACAUGACAACGGAAUGUGUCUGGAGGGAAGUUAGUUGUGAAUAUUGUCGAGGAUCAUUUAUCGUGAAAAACAAGCAGCAACAUCAUAACGUCUGUCAAAUGUUUCCGGUUCAAUGUGCCAACAAUUGUGGUCUGAGUAAUAUUCCACGAGAAAAGCUCUUGGCUCAUAUUCGUGAUCACUGUCCUUUCACAGAAAUUGAUUGUAAAUACAAGAACUUAGGAUGCCAAAAUGCGUUUCCAAGAAAAAGAACGAAAUCUCACUUAGAAUCACACAUGGAAAGCCACUUGAACCUAGCUCUGUGCAGCCUUGAGAUCACUCAGAAUCAGGUUAAAGAUCAGUCAAAGCAGAUUGAGCAAUUGACAUCCAUAUUCAAGGAUCAGUUACAGCAGUUGAAUAAUCAGUCACAACAGUUGAAUGAUCAGUCACAGCAGAUAGAAAGAUUGGUGGCCAAAAAUACAGAACAGUCACAGCAGAUAGCCAGUUUGAUGGCCAAAGAUUUGAAUCAUGCUCAACAAAAUGAGCGAUUGAUGUCCUCUCUGAAUGACCAGUCACAGCAGAUAGCCAUCUUAACGUCCACUGUGCAAGGUCUGGUGCAGCAGGUGGAACUUCUGACAGGCCAGGAUCGAUAUCAAGCUGCAAUGGUGGACCAAACCGCGACCAAACAAACGAAGGACCAGACAAACAAGAUAGGGGCAACCAAUGCCUAUGUUAAAGAGGGUGAUACUAUGAAACAGGGCUUCAAGCCUAAAUCAAUCCAUUAUAUUGAAGUAGGUAUGAAGGUAUUGUUUUUUCAAAGGUUUAGGAAACUUCGAGGAACAGUCAAGUACGUCGGACCUGUACUUGUACACGGACGUGUACUUGAUUUCAUCGGCGUAGAAUUAGAUCCGUGUGAAGAAGUACCGAGUUGUUUAAGUCACCGUGAGAGCAACGGAACGUAUGAGGGAAAAAGAUACUUUAGCUGUGCACCAGGUAGAGGCCUCUUCAUUGAGUUUUGUGACGUCAUUGAGUGUUACAGAUGACGAUAACAGUAAUGUGGCUGCUGUUUCUUUGCUUCCAAUGUGAAAGAACAAGAAAAGUCAGAACAGUCUCUGUCUACCAUCUUGAGAUGUUCGUUCACUGCUCAUAGGAGAUUUCGUCGACCAAUCACAGCAACUACUCCUUGGUCCGUUUGUUUGUAAAUUCAAUAGAAGUUAACAUAAGUUAACAUAGCUUGUCAUAAGGCUCGUAGAAUUUCAAAGAUUUUACAAACGUAUGGUAUUAAAGAAUUGCAUCUUA